GCCACAGCUAAGCAACCAGCGCCGUUCGUUCAUCGUAGGAGCAUUCAACGGUCUGAUAUGAGCAUGUCUGCCAUUCAAGGGGGCUAUCCCCAUAUGACCAAAGAAGCUGCGGAAAAGACGGCCAGAUCAAUAUUCGUUGGAAAUAUUCCGUAUGAAGCCACUGAAGAGAAACUGAUUGAAUUAUUUGGCAAGGCCGGGCCGGUUGUUGGCUUCCGGUUAGUGUAUGACAGGGAGUCGGGGAAGCCUAAAGGUUAUGGGUUCUGUGAGUACAACAAUCCUGCUGUUGCUGCCAGUGCUCUGCGGAAUCUACAGAAUAUUGAGUUUAAUGGUCGACCUUUAAGAAUAGGCCCCGCUGCUGGUGAACAAAAUUCAGCGGAACUGGCUCUUAGCAAUCCUUCUGUCGGACCUCCUCUUGAAAGCCCUUAUGGGGAAGCCUGUGACCCCCAGGCUGCACCUGAAGCAAUCAGUCGCGCAGUUGCCAGUUUGCCUCCUGAACAAAUGUACGAAUUAAUGAAACAAAUGAAGUUAUGCAUACAGAACAACCCUAACGAAGCCCGAAACAUGCUUCUACAGAACCCACAGUUGGCCUACGCGCUGUUGCAAGCUCAAAUUGUCAUGAAGAUAGUGGAUCCAAAAGUUGCCAUUGCAAUGUUGAACAGAAGCCAUGAUCAGAUCCCUCCCGCGAUGCCAGAGGACGACGAUAUGCGGCCUAAACAAAUUCUCACUGUUUCUCCUUCAGUUGCCACUGCACCCGCACCAAUGAAUUCCCAGAUGGCACCACAGAUGCCACCCCACGCAGUGUCGGCGCCUGUGCAUGGAAUCUCGCCGGCCAAUUAUCCCUCCCACACAGGUUCAGUCUCCAUGUCUGUUGGUGGUCCUGCGGCGCAAUCUGGACCGUACUCUGUUGAUCAACACGCACCAGGAAUGCCGCAGUUCUAUCCAGGAAACACGAUGGCUCCCACCGGAUCGUUCCCGCCCAACAUGCCACCUCAGCAACAGCCCCCACCACUAUCGUAUGAUUACCAAGGGAACAUGCCUCCUCCGCAAAGACCCGUGAUGCCGAAUCCACAAAUGGGAUUUCACCCCAAUGGCCCUCUGCAUCUGUCACCUCAGACUGCUAGACCUCCUCGCCCACCACCCGUUUCUCAGCAACAAAUCACGCCAGCGGUGGCCGCUGCUGCUGCUGCCAAUAUGGGGCCGAACAGUGUGCUUGCUGGACAAGGAGAGCAAGAGAAAGUCACUCUGAUUAUGCAGGUCCUGCAACUUUCAGACGAGCAGUUGGCCAUGCUACCCGACGAUCAGCGGCGGAGCAUUCUAAUUCUCAAAGAGCAGCUGGGAAAGACGGGUGCUCUUUAGCACCCCUAGUGGAAACACGUGUCCAUGUUAAUAAAGCACAUAUAUUUACC